UCAUCGGGUGGAGGCGGGGGAAGAAGUUGUCAAGUUGCGCAUGGGCAAAUAUCAUAUCAGAUAGAGUAGAGUGUAGAACUUGAGCUUCUCCAUCCUUUUAUAAAUGAAGCUGUUAAUUUACCAAGACCGAAGGGAAAUUCUGUAAUUUAUCCCUUGUACAUAGAUUUCUCCUGUCAAUCCUUACCCAGCUUACAUGUCUGAUUUAUCCCCUCAAACCCCAUCAAAUCACAAUUUUGGAAACCCAUGACCCAUUUCUCCAAGUUCAUUGAAAUCCCACUAGAAUGCAUCAAAAUCUAACAGCCCUGUCUCUGCAACUCUCUUCUGUUACUCCGUUUCCUCUCCAAUUUCGAGAAUCCUCCAUUUCCAAGCUCAAACAAGCAUACCCAUGUCCUCCACAGAGAUUUUCAUUGAAACCCAUUCACCGAAUUUCCUGUAUUGCAACUCGACCGAAGAAGAGAUUUGCUUCGAAGAGCGAUAAGUCGGAAGCAGGAGAACUCGUUCGUUUUCUUUUGAGGAAUUUCAGCGAUCAGAAGCCGUUAGUUUCAACGUUGAACAAGUAUGUUAAGCUCGUUAGAACCGAACAUUGCUUUCUUCUGUUUGAAGAACUCGGAAAGAGAGAUAGAUGGCUUCAAUGCCUUGAGGUUUUCAGGUGGAUGCAGAAACAACGCUGGUACAUUGCAGAUAAUGGUGUUUAUUCAAAAUUGAUUUCUGUUAUGGGAAAGAAAGGCCAAACACGAAUGGCAAUGUGGCUGUUCUCUGAGAUGCGUAACAGUGGGUGCAGGCCUGACACUUCUGUGUACAAUGCACUCAUCACAGCCCAUCUUCACUCACGAGAUAAAUCCAAGGCUUUAGCCAAAGCCCUUGGAUACUUUGAGAAGAUGAAAGGUAUUGAGCGGUGUAAACCUAACAUUGUGACAUAUAACAUUCUGUUGAGAGCAUUUGCUCAAGCACGAAAUGUAGAUCAAGUCAAUGCCUUGUUCAAAGAUCUGGAGAACAGUAGUGUUUCCCCUGACGUUUAUACCUUCAAUGGUGUCAUGGAUGCAUAUGGUAAAAAUGGGAUGAUCAGAGAAAUGGAGUCUGUUCUUUCUCGCAUGAAGAGCAACCAGUGUAAGCCAGACGUUAUCACAUUUAAUCUACUAAUAGAUUCAUAUGGGAAGCGACAAGCCUUUGAUAAGAUGGAACAGGUUUUCAAGAGCUUAUUACGCUCAAAGGAUAAGCCAACUUUGCCUACAUUCAAUUCAAUGAUUGUAAACUAUGGGAAAGCUAGGCUUAGAGAAAAGGCUGAAUCCAUUUUUAAAAAAAUGACAGAUAUGGGAUAUACUCCAAGCUAUGUCACAAACGAGAGUCUUAUUACUACUUAUGGACUUUGUGACUGUGUUUCAAGGGCCAGAGAAAUAUUUGAUGGGAUUAUGGAAAAUAGUAAGGAUAUACAAGUUUCAACUGUUAAUUGCAUGCUUGAUGUUUAUUGCAUCAAUGGCUUGCCCUCUGAAGCAGAUAAGCUGUUUGAAUAUGCAUGUAGUAAUGGGUUUCUUCCAGAUGCCUCAACAUAUAAACUCCUUUAUAAGGCUUAUACCAAAGCCAACAUGAAGGAACUUCUACAGAAAUUGCUGAAGCAUAUGGACAAGGAUGGUAUUGUUCCCAAUAAAAAGUUCUUCCUGGAGGCUCUAGGCGCCUUUGGGUCUAAACAGGCAACAAUAGAAUCUUGUGACAGUAAACCCGGUUCAAGUUCGUCACAGAUUAGUGCAAAGACAGAUUGAAGUUUGUGUGGUUCAUUUGUACUUCACAAAUAUUUCUUUUUCUUUUGAACUGUGUUGGGAUUUCAACACACCUGUAGCUGAAUUUUGAUAUUGUUCUGAGUUACAAUUAGAGGGUGGAUACAGCCCCAGUUUGCCACAAGCAUGAACUUGAUUUUGGCUUUGGAUUUCUGAUGGUAUGUGUUUCUAUUUC